CUCCUUUUCCUCCUCCUGACCCUGGCAAGAUUCCACCACUGAGCAUGAGAUUAGUUUGCAAGAAGUUCGGGAACCAAGAUGCAGAACAUUCAGACUGAACACCUUUACAAAAUCUUAGUAAUUGGGGACCUGGGAGUCGGAAAAACCAGUAUCAUCAAACGUUAUGUUCACCAGAAUUUCUCUCCGCACUACAGGGCAACAAUUGGGGUCGAUUUUGCAUUAAAAGUGAUAAAUUGGGACACAGACACUGUGGUGCGAUUACAGUUAUGGGAUAUUGCUGGUCAAGAACGAUUUGGAAAUAUGACACGGGUCUAUUACCGAGAAGCUGUGGGAGCAUUUAUUGUAUUUGAUGUCACAAGGCCUGCAACCUUUGAGGCUGUCACAAAAUGGAAAGAGGAUUUGGACUCAAAAUUGACUCUCUCUAAUGGUUCACCAGUAUCAGCAGUGCUUCUAGCAAACAAAUGUGACCAGGGGAAGGAUGGUCUCCAGAACAAUGGUACAAAAAUGGACCAGUUCUGCAAGGAGCAUGGCUUUGUGGGCUGGUAUGAAACAUCAGCAAAGGAAAAUAUAAAUAUUGAUGAAGCUUCCAGAUGCCUGGUGAAACACAUAAUCGCUAGCGAGAGUGAUUUAAUGCAGCCUUCGGAGUCGGAUGUUGUAAAACCGCAAAUUAAUUCUUCAAAAAUACCUAGUUGUUCUGCUUGCUUUAAGUCAUAGGGGUUAUUCCAUGGCAUAUUUCUUCAUUAAAUAAAUGGCAUUUUGUUGGCAAAUAAAA